AUGCCAGUAGAAAAUUUGGAACAAAUAAUCAGAGAAAAACUUGCUAUUCAAAUUCAAACACCUGGUAUGCCUGGUUCAAGAGUAGAACAAAUUAUAAUUUUUUCUACUCCACUAUAUGAAAAUUGUGCCGUGGUUAUUAGCAAAUUCACUAUGUAUGCU